GUAAUAAUUUGACAUUAUUAUACAGAACUCAAGUCUCAAAUGUUGCCAGGGAUCACAUUCAGCAAAAACCUUUGAUGCUUAAUAAUGCUGCCAUUGCCAAGGUUCAUAUUCUUCACAUCAGUUAUUCUGGCAACUAUAGCAGUCAUCCUUUUAGCUUUGCUAUCCCCUGUUACCCACAAAAAGAGCCAUUCAAAGCCUUGGUUUGAUAUGUCCAUGUACAUCCAACCACCUCACACAUCGAGCUCUAGCACACGUCCGGCGCCGAGGGAAGGUGCCGGAGCAUUCAUCUUUCAACGUUUGCUUACAGAGGGACCGGAGAAAACCUCGCGUGUGGUGGGGAAAGCACAGGGGUUCAUCAUUCCUGUGGAGCAGUUUGAGCAUUCUCCAUUCAAUGUAAUACACUUGACCUUUGAUACACCAGGGAAAUCUGGCAGUCUAAGUGUUCAAGCAAACAUAUUUGGCCACAAGGAUAGAGAAGAACUAAGGGUGGUUGGAGGAACAGGUUAUUUUGCUUUUGCUCGUGGUCUUGCUGUGAUUGGGAAAUCAAGUGAUGUUGAUGCAUCUUACCAUGUCAAACUUCAGCUUGAAAUCCCAAACCAUUCCAAGAAGUUACCAUGAAACAUGAAGCAUAAUUUUUUUAGUUUGUUUGAUUUACAGCCCUUUCUUUUUAUUUCUUUUGAUCUUAAGAGUGGAUUAUGAAGGUAAAAAUAAAUUAAAAGUUGGAUACAUUUACCAAAAA